AUGAAGCGGAGAAAGAGAUUGGAUGAGCCCCCUGGCCCGCCUAGCUAUGAACAAGGCAGCAGUGACCUUCGUGCAGCACCUGCCUCGAGCCGUUUCGAUACCGUUUACUCUACCGAUGCCAAUCUCAACCAUCUAGGAGAGAAUUUUAAGCCCAACAACAAUCCGUUUAUAACCAUGUUGAAGCCCCGUCGUAAAUCCCUUGGAUCCAACAACCCAUUCGACCGCAUGAUGACAGCCAGUCCGCCAUUAGAGUCGACGUCAAUCUUGGGGCAUCCUCCCGCAGGCCACCUCUUACUCGACCCCCACCUCUACAACGUUGGUUCGAGGAGUACUAGUAUUCCCGAAACCGCAAGGGACGUUUAUGACCACUCAUCCACGACGACCAACAGCCAUAAUUCAAGAUCUACGGUCACGAAGGGCAGCUAUAACGUCACGAACAUCUAUCAUUGCCACCAUUACCAUGGCCCCGCGUCUAGUCAGCGCACGGCCCUGAAACCUGAUGCAGCAAGGUCACCACUGGCAGAGGAUAACAGCCGCUUAUACGAAGGCGCAGGUACAAUUGUGUGGGACCACCGUCAGCCAACCGGGUGCGAUACUGUCCACAGCAGCCAUGGACCACAAUACCUGACUUGCAGGAGCAAGUGCGACUCUGUCCAAGUUACUAAGAACUUGAAAAGCGAGUGGAGGGCCGGAUUUACGACGGGAGUGGCGUCUACGAUCUUCGUGUUCGCCUUAUUUUGA